AUGCUACCAUGCACGUCCCCACAUUCCAAUCUUCACUCCUUGCCUCAACCCUCCUCUCCUCUCCUUCCCUCCCUCGACCUCUCCACCCUCUGCUGCCUCUCACUCUCUCAGCCGAAGCUAGCAGAGCGCAUCUACCAGUUCCGCCGUACCCCAGGAAGAGGAGAGUGUGUGCCUGAGUCUCUGUGUGCGUGUGUCUCCGUGUGUGUGUCUCUGUGCGUGUGUCUCCGUGUGUGUGUCUCUGUGCGUGUGUCUCCGUGUGUGUGUCUCUGCGCGUGUUUCUCCGUGUGUGUGUCUCUGCGCGUGUUUCUCCGUGUGUGUGUCUCUCUGUGUGUGUCUCUGUGCGUGUGUCUCCGUGUGUGUGUCUCUGUGCGUGUGUCUCCGUGUGUGUGUCUCUGUGCGUGUGUCUCCGUGUGUGUGUCUCUGUGCGUGUGUCUCCGUGUGUGUGUCUCUGUGCGUGUGUCUCCAUGUGUGUCUCUGUGCGUGUGUCUCCGUGUGUGUGUCUCUGUGCAUGUGUCUCCGUGUGUGUGUCUCUGUGCGUGUGUCUCCGUGUGUGUGUCUCUGUGUGUGUGUCUCUGUGUGUGUGUCUCCGUGUGUGUGUCUCUGUGCGUGUGUCUCCUUGUGUGUGUCUCUGUGCGUGUGUCUCCGUGUGUGUGUCUCUGUGCGUGUGUCUCCGUGUGUGUGUCUCUGUGCGUGUGUCUCCGUGUGUGUGUCUCUGUGCGUGUGUCUCCGUGUGUGUGUCUCUGUGCGUGUGUCUCCGUGUGUGUGUCUCUGCGCGUGUUUUUCCGUGGCCGCGGGCCGUAUAGGCCAUCAGGAGGAGUGACUUCGAGCAGUGUGGAGCAGAUGAUGAGGGCUGGUGCAGGCGGGCAGAAGAAGGUGCAGGUGAUCAAGCAGGGGUACCUGGUGAGGCGCACUGCUGCUGCCCGCUCGCGCCACUUCUUUGUCCUCGAUUCAAGGGGCUCCCUUUACUAUCACAAGGAUGCUCAGAAUGCCCGCUCCGACACGCUCUCCUCGCUCUUCUCCCUUGUCCGCGCUCGCACCACCGACGCCACCCCUCCCGCCCCGCCGCCCGCCAACCCCAUGGCCCAGCACUACCGCCCACUCGGCCUGGGCGGCAGGGGCGGCAGCGGGCACGGGGAAGAGGGGGGAGACGACCAUAGCACAGACGCAAUGGGCAUGGGGGGAAUGGGGGCGGGGAUGGGGGGGAUGGGGAUGGGGGAGGAGGAGGAGCGGAACCACGCGCUGCAGUACGAGUCGCUGAACCUGCUGACUGCCACCAUCAAGAUGGACGCUGAUGAGCCUGACCUGCGCUUCUGCUUCCGCCUCGUCACCCCCGACUGCACGCACACACUGCAGGCGGAGAGUGCAGCGGAGCAGAGGGACUGGAUGGAGAAGAUCACAGCUGUCAUUGCCUCGCUGCUCAACUCCCACACCACCGCCCAGCCAGCGCCAUCAGUGGCGGACUUGACCAUUUCCCACCGGGCAGCAUCGCAGGACGGGCAGGCAGCAGCACUGCCCAUAGUGGAGCGACCACUGGAGGUGCUGGGCUAUGUGAGCGGCAACGACCGCUGUGCGGACUGCAGCCGGGCGCACCCCGAUUGGGCGUCGCUCAACCUCUGCGUGCUGCUCUGUAUCGACUGCUCCGGCGUGCACCGCAACCUGGGCGUGCACCGCUCAAAGGUGCGAUCGUUGACACUAGAUGUGAAGGUGUGGACGGCACCGCUGGUGCGGCUGAUGGCCAUAGUGGGCAACGACUUUGCCAACAGCGUGUGGGGGCAGCAGCUCAAGGACGUUCAGGGGGGGAGAGAAGGGAAUGCAGGCUCUUCAGGCCGUGCCCUGACACGAGUGGAGAGCGGGGAGGGCGAGGGAGAGGACUACAUCCUAUUGGCCAACGAUGGAGGGGCGUCAAUGCUCGCUUCAGCAGCAGCAGCACCUGCUCUGGUGCACAAGCCAGCAGACACGGACUCGCUGGCAGUGAAAGAGCAGUACAUUCACUGCAAGUAUGUGGAGCGGCGUUACCAAGCGCCCGCCACCGACAACCCCUUGACCGCGCUGCACCACCUGCAAGCAGCUGUUGCCUCCUGUGACGUGCGCUCCGCCUUCCGCCUCCUCGUCACCGCGCCCGUCGACGUCAACGCUGACGUGGUCGGGGUCGUCGCCAGCACGGCGCCAGCUGGACCGGGGACCACAAGAGGCGGUGCGGGGAGAACGGGGCAGAGGCUGCUGCAUGUGGCGUGUGAGAGGGGAGACGAGGCGAUGGUGGAGCUGCUGCUGCUGUGGGGGGCGGUGGUGAAUGUGACCGAUGCUGAGGGCCGGACGCCCAUGCAAGUGGCGCUGCAGCAUGGCAACCAUGGAUGCUCCAAGCUGCUUGCUAGCAG